CCUUUUUAUUCUGAAAAACCCUAGCCCCAAAUUGGGACAAAAACGCAGAAAUUCUUCCCCUUCCUGGAACCCGUUAUGCUUCUUCUCUGCUCAUCCGUUCCCCAGGCUCCACUAGCUCCGCUCUCGAGCAGAUGGCUCCACAUCCAGCGAAGAAGAGGCAACUUCGCGGAAAGGGCAGGGUAGGCUCGUCCAAAGCGGCAUAAAGAGGCGAAAACCUGAGAUUUUUGGGGAGAGAUUGCCGAAAAACAAAAACCAAAAAGGAGAGGUGAGAUCUGGGAUUUUUGGAGAGAGUCGACAUCAACAAAAAAAAAAAAAAAAAAGAAAAAAAAAAAAAGGGAAGAACUGUCUUUUGGGGAGGGUUUUUUAGGACAGUUGUUUUUUGGGGAAGAUAUUUGGUGAUUCCGAGUCUCGGUUUCAGAAGAAAAAAAUUUCUGGUUUUUGGGGCUUUUUCCCGGAGGAAGCUUUUGGUCGGUAGCUUGUGAUUCUUGCGAAGGAGUGCGGCUGGGACAAGGGGUCUGGUGUUGGAAUUGAGAACUGAUUUUUGCCUUAGGUAACCUUCUGAAAAGGGGUUUUUGGAGAGGUAGUGAGGGAGAUGAUCGGAGCUAAUCUCGUGGGUGGGAUCCCUCCGAUCGGAUGCGGAUCUGUCCUCUCCGAAAAUUUCCGUCAUGGGUGCUUUACUUUUGAUUUUCUCUGUAAAUACUUUGAUGCUCUGUGGUUAAGUUGUAUGAAUUUGCAGGAAAAUAAAUGAGAAUCAAGCAUGUUACCUUGUUUUCUGUUCGGUUUUAUCGGAGUAAAGAAGCGAUUUCAAUUUGCUAUUUUUUUUUUUUUUAAUUUAAAGAUAUUAAUUUUAUUAUUUUUUUGAAUAAAGAUGUUAAUUUUUA